AUGGCGGAGCCGCCGCCAGGAGCCGCCGCUCCGCGGGGCCGCGGCCGGGCCUGGGAGCGCGGCGGCUCCGCGCAGCACCGUGAGGACGGCACGGAGCCCCCCGGCCCCGCUCACAACGGUCCAGGCACGGAGCUCUCCGGCCCCGCUCACAACGGUUCGGACGCGGAUCCCCCUGGCCCCGCUUUGAACGGUCCGGGCACGGAUGCCCCCGGCCCCAUUCAGGACGGUUCGGACACGGAGCCCCCCGGUCCCGCUGAGGACGGGCCGGGCACGGAGCCCCCCGGCUAUGCUCACAACGGUUCGGGCACGGAGCCCCCCAGCCCCGCUGAGGACGGGCCGGGCACCGAGGACGCGGCCGCCCCGCUGGGGCCGGAGCUGCCGCUGGUGCCGCCGGAGCUCCGCGCGCGGCUGCUGGACCGGCGGGACUACCGGGGCCGCGCGCAGGCCGUGGAGCAGCUGCGGCGGGCGGUGGAGGGCUGCAGCCCGGCCGCGCUGGGCGCCGCUCCCGCCGCCGCGCUGCUGGGGCUGAUCGCGCUGCUGGACGCGCUGCUGCACGACCCCAACUUCGCGGUGGCGCGGGGCGCGCUGGAGGUGACCCGGCUGCUGGCGCUGCGCCUCGGCCGCCGCGUCCCCGCCGUGCUGGCCCCGCUGGUGUGCGCGGCCGCCCGGGCGCUGGGGGACGCGCAGCCGGCCAUGCGGCGGGACAGCGCCCGGCUGCUGCUGCGCCUGAUGGCGGCGGCCGGGCCGCGGCCCGUGCUGCGGCUGCUGCUGCAGGAGCGGCUGCUGCGGCACCGCAGCGCCCGGCUCCGCGAGGAGCUGCUCCACACGUGCAUCGCCGCGCUGCUCGCCUUCCCCGCCGCCGAGCUGGACCUGCCCCAGCUGGCGGCCGCGCUGGCGCCGGCGCUGCUGGACGCCAAGCGCAGGGUCCGGCACGCCGCCAUGGAGGCGAUGGCCGCGCUGGCCUCGGCCAUGGGCCCCGGCGACGCGGGCGCGCUGCUCCGCGCCCUGGACGCCGUGGAGCUGCGGGCCGGCGGCGCGGGGGCGGCGCUGGCCGUGCGGGCCCGGCUGGCCCGGAACGCGCUGCCCCGGCUGGGCCAGCAGGGACUCGUGGAGUACGGAGUGCCCCUGCCCUGCUCCGGCCGCUGCCGCGGGCCCUGCCCGCCGCCCGGCCCCGACACCGAGUGGCUGCUGAUGGGCAGCCGCAGCCGCAGCGCGCACGGGCACUGCGGGCACCCCGCCUGCCGCGGUGCCCUGCACGGCCCCGCCUGUGCCCGGCGGGGAACGAGCCCCAGGAGGGUCCUGAGCGCCGGCAGAGGCAAAAACAAGCUGCCCUGGGAGAGCGAGCCGGCUGCGGACGGGGAAGGCGGCUCGGGGGUGAGGAUGCCCGUCGCGAAGGGCGUGGAGCAGUUGGCUGCAGCCAAUGAUCCCCUGCAGCCCCCGAAGGCCCAGCCCUCCCAGGGGAUCCCAGGCAGUGCUGAGCUGCUCUUCAGCAGGAGCAGAACCUCCAGGACUGUGGAGCUGGCCCCUGAGCACCCUGCCCUUGCUGCUGGUGCUCUGGGCUCUCAUCAGCCCCAGGUUUCAGGGAAGUGUGGGACACUUGGAUUCUCCCGUGGGAGGAGUGGCAGUGUGGGCUCUGGUUUGCAGUUUCUGGCACUCAAUAACUGUCAGCAGGACAAAGUUUGUUCCAGCCUCAGUUUUGCCAGCAAGACCCAGAGAAGUUUUUGCACUCAGGCAGAGCCCACCGUGUCCUUCCAGGGUCCCAGUGCCAGCCAGGGCACCUUCAUCCUGCCCUCCUUCCCCCUGGCAUCACCCAGGAACAGCCCCAAGCACCUCUCUGCUCCUGCUGCCCUGGCAGGGAGGUGCCAGGAGGACCCCAGGAGCCUCUCCAGCUCCUGGCCUCUCAAAAGCUUCCAGGGGCUGCCCAAGCCUGGUGGCCAGAAGCAGCUGCUCAGCCAAAAGCCAGGAGACAGCACAGGGGACAGCCAGCUGGAGAAGCCUUCCCUGCAGCUGGAGAAGCCUUCCCUGCAGCUGGAGAAGCAUUCCCUGCAGCUGGAGAAGCAUUCCCUGCAGCUGGAGAAGCAUUCCCUGCAGCUGGAGAAGCCCCCCCUGCAGCUGGAGAAGCCCCCCCUGCAGCUGGAGAAGCCUUCCCUGCAGCUGGAGAAGCCUUCCCUGCAGCUGGAGAAGCCCCCCCUGCAGCUGGAGAAGCCUUCCCUGCAGCUGGAGAAGCCCCCCCUGCAGCUGGAGAAGCCCCCCCUGCAGCUGGAGAAGCAUUCCCUGCAGCUGGAGAAGCCUUCCCUGCAGCUGGAGAAGCCUUCCCUGCAGCUGGAGAAGCCCCCCCUGCAGCUGGAGAAGCCCCCCCUGCAGCUGGAGAAGCCCCCCCUGCAGCUGAGGAGCACCCUGGGCAGAGGGCAGGCGCUGAGGGGUGCCCGGCCCGUGCCCCCCAUCCCGCGGCUGCCCAGCCCCAGGGAGCGCCCUGGCAGCAGGGAGGGCACGGAGCUGGCAGCAGGGCUGGCAGAGCUGCACCUGCAGCCCGAGCAGGUGGACCAGGAGGAGAUGCAGAAUUCGCUGCGGUCCCUGCGGAGCAGCGCAGCCAAGAAGAGAGCCAAGCUGAGCAGCAGCAUGGCCGAGCUGGAGAGCCCCGACUCGGCGGUGAAACUGGAAUUUCCCGGGGACUGCCCCUCGCUGGGCUCCUCCCCCGGCACCACCUCCACCGGCGAGAGUGGAAUUUCCAGCCUGGAGUCCCUGGGCUCCCCCGCGGCCACGCUGGCCCCCAGGAGGAGAGUGAUGUCAGACACUUUCCCAGCACUUGGCAGCAAAUCCCACCCUGCAGAAGCAUGUCCAGCCAGGCCCAGAGACCCAGAGGGGGCAGAGCAGCCCCCCAACACAGGCCCUGCAGAGUCAGUGCCUGCUUUUGCACCAAAGGAUGAUCUGGGUUUCUCAUCUGGAGACGUUGCUGUGGUUGGCACAGGUGUUUUUGGGAGCCCUCCUGGCCCAGCUGCCAGCCAGCCCGUGCCCUGUGUGGCCAAUGGGGAUGCCCAGGGUGCCAGGGAGGGAGCAGAGGCUGCCCCAGGGAGAAGCUUCCAGAACAGCCCUUCCCGUUCCUGUGGCCAUGCAGGGAAGGAAGGAGAGAUUAAAGUGACCUUGUCAAAAUCUGCUCAGGAGAAGCUGAGGAGGAGGAGGAAAGAAGACAAAGAGCACAACCAUAAAGAGCAUCAGGAAGGCAAAGACUUGGAAGGGAAGGAAGAAUUCCCUUGGGAAAGGAUUAGACUGAGUAUGAGUGAACCAGAGAAACUCACAGCAGAAAGUGAGGAUGAGGGGUUUAGUCUCUGUGGGGAUUUACUGACAUCACCAAGAAAUGGAUCUUUGUCCUUAGAAAAUGUGGCCUUGAACCCUUCCCUGAAAAGAACCUCCAGUUUGAAGAGGUCCAAGUGUUCAUCCUUGCUGGAUUCUGAGGAGCCGUGCCCGGGGCGGGGCCGCUGCCGGGAGCCGCCGGUGACGCGGAGCCCCGAGGUGCUGGACCCGGCCGAGCUGCUGCCCUUCCCCCGGCCCGAGCCCGCCCUGGCAGAGGCGCUGGCACUGCUGGCUGACCACGACUGGGAGAAGAAAAUUGAAGGUCUGAACUUUGUCAGGUGCUUGUCUGCCUACCAUGCCCCUAUUCUGACUGCAAAGCUCCAUGAAACAACUCUGGCUGUGGCUCAAGAGGUCAAGAAUUUACGCUCAGGUGUUUCUCGAGCUGCUGUGGUCUGUUUAGGGGAUUUGUUCACCCACCUGAAAAAGAGCAUGGAUCAAGAAGUAGAUAAUGCAGUAAAAGUCCUUUUGCACAAAGCUGGGGAAUCCAACACUUUUAUAAGGGAAGAGGUAGACAAGGCACUGAAGGCCAUGGUUAAUAAUGUGACUCCAGCACGUGCACUUUGUUCUCUUAUAAAUGGAGGGCAAAGCCACCUGCACUCGGCAGUGAGGAGAUGCACGGCCCAGCACGUGGGGGACAUCGUGCAGCGCCUGGGCCCCGAGCGCCUGCUGGCCGCGGGCCGGCCUGUGGCUGAGCGGCUGCUGCCCGCCAUGGCCCAGUUUGUGCAGGACAGCUCCCAGCAGACACGGUACUAUGGGAGGAGGAUGCUCUUCUGCAUGAUGGCUCAUCCUGACUUGGAUAAAAUCCUGGAGAAGUUUGUGCCCCCCAAGGAUUUGCCUUACAUUAAGGAAACUGUUGGCAGCCUACGAGAGAAGGGCCUGGGGGAGAUGCCCUUGGAUACAGCCUCAGCCAAAGGGAGGCGUUCCCAGACUGGAAGCGUUGGACAUUUGAGGUCGUCCUCUACUUGCAGAGAUGCUCCCAUCAUCCCAGACAGGGACUGCACGGAGAGCCAGGAGGCCCCUCGGAGAGCAGCCCCCCGCAGUGCCCUGGAGAGCGAGGAGUACCUCAGGGACCUCGUGGGCUCCCUGAACGCCAGGGAUUUCCGCGAGCGCAUCCGCGGGGUGCGCCAGCUGCUGCUGGACACGGAGAGCAGCCCGGGCCCGGUGCUCGCCAACAUCGUCAGGAUCUUCGAUGCUUUCAAGCCUCGCUUGCACGACUCCAACAGCAAAGUGACCCAGGUGGCUUUGGAGGCCAUGCACAGGAUGAUUCCACUGCUCAAGGACAAUUUGUCACCUGUGAUCAACAUGUUGAUUCCUGCCAUAGUGGACAACAACCUCAACUCCAAAAACCCAGGGAUUUAUGCAGCUGCCACAAAUGUGAUCCAGGCUCUAUGUCAACACUUAGACACCUCCCUGCUCCUGCAGCCGUUCUGCACAAAAGCCCAGUUCCUGAGUGGAAAAGCAAAGCAGGACCUGACAGAAAAGCUGGCUGAGCUGGUGCCGGAGCUGUACCCUCGGAAGCCCUGUGCCGUGGAGCAGAAGGUGCUGCCCGUGCUGUGGCACCUGCUGGGCAGCUCUGCGGGCGGCGGCUCCGUGCCCGGCCCCCGCACGGCCACGGCCGCCUUGGCCCAGGCGCUGUGGGCACAGAUGGGCCCCGGGCUGCUCGCCCACGCCGCCGCCCAGCCCCCGCACAUCAGGAAGAACCUGGAGGAGCUUUUGGAGACGGGAACGUAAAAUUGUGAAAUGGCUGUCCCCAGGUGAAGCUCCAGCACCGCCUGAGCUGGGCACGUGGACGGACGGUGCUGCCGGGACACGGGCAGGAGCAGGCCUGAGCUGGGCACGGUGCCUGAGGGAGAGCCCCAGAGCCGGGCUAGGCUGGACUGCACCGGGAGAGACACCGGAGCCAGGCUGGGAGAGCCUGGCAGCUGAACUGGGCUGUGCUGGGAGAGCCUGGGGAGCUGAACUGGGCUGUGCUGGGCCAGCCUGAGGGCCUGAACUGGGCUGUGCUGGGCCAGUCUGCAGGCCUGAAGUGGGACAGUGUGCGGGGCUGAACUGGGCCAUGCUGCGAGAGCUGUGCUGGGCACUGUGGGGCUGGCUUCCCUCAUUGUCACCAGCAUGGCCAUGGAGGAGCCGCUCCAGCCCAUCUGUGCUUCCCUCCAGAGGCUCCAGUCCAGGACCUGUCCCUGGAUUGCCCGUGAAGAACCACACGGUCACAUCAGCACUGCGCUGUACAUGGAGAAGUGGAAGAGAGUCCUGGACACAGGGAUGCAGUGCUGUUUGUGCAAAACAUGUAUUUUUGUACCCCCACAGGCAGUGGUGCAGUAUUUGUUGUCUCAGGGCUGGGCAGUGGGGAGAAUGAACCCUGACCCUUCUCCAGCUGCGGGCUCUGGACACAUUGGACUUACAAAUAAAGGGAUUUAUUUCU